CUGUUGUACGAUUUUAGUUGAAAAUGCGCGAGCUUACGGUUAACGAGGAAGACCUUAUGAAGUUAAGAGUUACGGAACUUAUUGAAGAAAGUAAGGCUCGACAUAUUAAGUUACCGAAGUCGAGAAAGUCAAAAAAAUUUUACAUUGACGCUAUUCUACAGCAUUUGUCAAACUCUCCGGAUCCUAAAACAGAUAAAAAUUCUAACGUAGCUUCAGAUUCGCAAGAACUUGACCGUAAGUCAAUUUCAUCAGAAAAUGUUCUGGGUUCUGAAAGUUUGCUCCCCGAUAAAGACUCAGAAGGAGAAAAACAAGUUUUAGGAGAUAACAGACAUCAUGAUAUCUCGUCUUGUGCUGUUUAUUCGGAAAGCGGGGAUAAUUCCUUGAAAAAUUAUAACCUUUCAAGUUCUGUACUGAGCUUUUGUAGCGCCGAGUUUAAGCCUAUUUCAGAGGCUUCUUCUAAAAUUGGUGGAAAGGAAAAGGAAGAAUGUUUAGAAUCUUCUGAGAAAAGGACAAAAGGCGUAGAAAAGAGCGCUCUCCCUCCUGACCAUAAACGAGGGAAAAUCGUCGAGACUAUGGAGGAGCGUGAGUUGCCUGACGGACUUGAAGAUUACAGCACGGAAAAUAACGUCGGAAACUUUAAUUACGUCCACAUCGAAAAUUUUAAAAGACCUCUGCGUCUUCCUGACUUGAAACUUUUUUUAUCUUCUUUUGGAAAAUAUGACCCAUCUUCUUUUUGGAUUGACGAUAGAAAGUCUCACUGCAUCGUCAAGUAUGAGGAAGUUGCUUCUGCUGCCAACGCUCAAAUGACAAUAGACGGAAAGCGCUGGCCUUCGGAGGAACGGGAACCUUUAAGGGCGUCGUUUCUAGAAGAAGGGGAUGUUGAAGAAAAGAAAACUCGCUUCGAGCUUAACGUUACACGUUCUCGAAAGGAGUUGUUGAGAUCGGAAAGACACGAGACUGAGACUACAGCGGUUCUAGCCAAGUUUAAAGUCACAAAAGUAGAGCCCAAAUUGUACUGGCUGCCAAACUCUCCCGAACAAAUCGAGUUGAACAAGAGAAAAGUCUCAGAAGCUAGCAGAUAAAUAAUAUAACCUCAUGCUCAACUUAAACUUUUGCAAUAUUACAACUAUCA